GUUAGCGCCAUUAGAACUGUACUCCAGAAAAUCUUAAAUAUAAUAGAAGAAACUCCUCUCCUGUCCGGUUGUAUGACAGGUAUAAAGGUGUCCUGAAGAACUGUAUAUCCUGGUAUCCUGGUAUAUAGCGCAAAGCAGAGUAAACAGUAGUUCCAGGUACACACUUUAGCUGUAAAUAGAUGAUAUAUAAGAUUAGGCAAUAGAACAGUCGGAACCUGAAAAUGUUUAGAGUUGAUCAGUUUAACCAGUCUUUACAUGAUCAAGGACAAGGGAGAUGUGGCUCCGGGAACGGAUUUAAUUUUCUAAACCUGAUGACAUUCUCAAUACUCAGCUCAUCAACCAUAGUCAACCUUGUCAACAGCAACAACAACAACAAUAAUAAUAACAACAAUAACAAUAACAACAACAACAACAAUAACGCAAACCAGAAUAUGAUUACUAUAACGGUGUCCAAUUCUAACAUGAAUAUGGUCGGCGGACGAAAGAAAUCAACAGUUAGCUUUUUAUCCUUACUCAGUGAGGACCUGGAGACAAGCUUGCAGAGGGUUCUACUCAGUGCCAGGAUCGGAGAGGAUUGUGGAACCUUGCUCUGGUGUACAGGGCAGAAGUUUCUAUUUCAGGAUCUGAGUGGAACUGGAAGGUUUGGUCGACUCUUCAUUUAUCUGUUACUGGGUGAGUUGUCAGGUUCUACUGGAGGAAUAUUCAGGGAACUUGUGGAACUCCACACUGAAGGAGAUUGCAAGGAGAAACUAGAAUCUAUUUCAUUCUUAUCCUGUCUGUAAUUCUUUAAUCAAUUCAAUUUUUCUUUCUAUACCCUAAAGGGAAUGUAGACACAAUUCUACGUGACCCUCCUUUUAAGGAGUUUCAUGCAAGAUUCACAACUUCAAAACUUUAUCUGAGUAAACGAUGAGUAAGAUAUUGUCAACUUUAUCUGAGUAAACAAUGAGAAAGAUAUUGUCAACUUUAUCUGAGUAAACGAUGAGUAAGAUACUGUCGUUUUUUAUUCCUUGAAAAGAAAUAUCUUCUGCUAAUUUUCUUCCUUGUAUCUGCUACAUAAAUCCACGAGUCAAUUUGAUAAAGAAACCGAAAUUGAAAAUUAUCAAUUUUUAAAAAAGAAUAACAUGGAUAUCUUACUCCUUGAUACUCAGAUAAAGGUUUAUAGGUUCCCGGAAACUUGUUAAAUAAAGCGUCGAUUUAAAUACAUAAAGAAUGGUCAAAACUUUUUUACAGUGUACAGUUAUAGACUUUAUUUAAUCUGUUUAACAGUGUACAGUUAUAGACUUUAUUUAAUCUGUUUUACAGUGUACAGUUAUAGACUUUAUUUAAUCUUUUUCUUAAAUUAAAAAUGUUCGGCUGCUUUACUUUAUUUCGUUGUCAGGUCCUUUUUUACAUUUCCACAAGAAUACGGUAGAAGGGCAGAGGGAAAAAUAUAAACUGUUAUAACUGGUAUUAAAAGAUUAGAUCUUCAUUAAUAAUGUCUUAUCCUACAUUGGUAUCCAUGCAUUCUUGCAAUAUAUGUUGCUUAAUGUAGAAUAUACAUGUAUUGUAUUUUUUAUGUAGAUAUUUCUAAAUGUAAUUUUGUUUAAUCCAAUUAUUUAUAAAAAUAAACAACAAAAAAAAAGAGAUUAAUAUUUAUUAUCAUCACAGAUUUUAGAUUUCAAAGUUUGGCACUGAAAUAACAAGUCUAGUACAAUGGUACAGUACAGUACAAUGAGUAUACACUUUAGUACAAUCAAAUGAAAAAGGUACAUUAUGAAAAUUCAGGUUUUUAC